UGAAGAAUCCCAGACAUGACAGCAUAUAUUGGUCUACUGUGUCUUCUAUAUUUACUGAUCACCCUUGUACUGUCCAUAGAUAUUAUAUACCAUGUCAAUGAAGAAGGCAGUCCUCACACCUAUAUAGGAGACAUUGCUGUUGACUCUAACUUAUCACACCCUCUCACACAUCAACAACACACUCUCAUUACAUUUACACAACUACAAAGGACAGUCGAGAGUGGUUCUCACUUAUUUAAUGUCACCAACUCAGGAAAACUAUACACUACUCAGACACUGGAUGCUGAGUCUCUGUGUACAUACAACAAGGAAUGUUCCAGAAUAGUUAAGGUAGCAGUGAGGAAAGAAGAAACUUUUAUGAAAAUUCUCAAAAUAAAAAUAUUAAUAGAAGACAUUAAUGACCAUUCUCCAGAAUUUCCGAAGAAUGAAAUCACAAUAAAGUUUUUAGAGAGAGAUUUUAAAGGUACUAAAAUCACUCUUCUAAAUGCCAUUGAUGAAGAUAUUUCAAUAAAAAAUUCCCAAAUUACAUAUAUGAUUAAGAAAAAUAAAAGAGAACCAUUUUCUCUCUCUGUUACAAAACAGAAGGGUAUUUUCAUACCUGAUCUCAUUCUAGAAGAUAGAUUAGACAGGGAACUCAAAGACUAUUAUAUGUUGAAACUUGAAGCUAAAGAUGGAGGGAAUCCACCAAAAACAGCUACACUCAAGGUACACAUAUCUGUGACAGAUGUUAAUGAUAACACACCUGUAUUUCCACAGGAAAUCUACAACAUCUCUGUAAGUAAUUCACAUCAAAGACAUUUACCAAUUCUUACUUUAAAAGCCACAGAUCAAGAUUCUGGAGACAAUGGAAAGAUUUCUUACCAUUUCAACCAUAAAACAUCUCGAAAUAUCCAGAAAUAUUUUGUAUUAGAUAAGAACACUGGAGAUUUGUUUUUACAUGAUAAUUUUCAGUUUAAUAAAAAGCAGUCUUAUAAAUUGUUUGUUGAAGCAAGAGAUGGAGGAAAUCCACCUCUAAAGUCAGUAACCAGAGUUCACAUUUAUGUGAUUAAUAACCAGAAUACUGCUCCAUUGAUAAAUAUAGAUUUUGUAUCUCCUUUAUCAGAGAGUUCAGCAGCAGUUUCAGAAGCAAGUAAAAUUGGUAGUUUUAUAGCUUAUGUUAUGGUCACUGACACUGAUAGUGGACCUAAUGGUGAGGUUAUCUGUGAUUUAAAACAUGAUAAAUUUAAACUUGCCAAAAUUGAUUCUAAAGAAUAUAAAAUGAUUGUUAAGGGCCCUCUUGACAGAGAAAUAAGGGACCACUAUAAAGUAUCUAUUGUGUGUCAUGACAUGGGGUCACCUCAACUAGAAAGUAAAAAAUAUUUCUCUGUCAAAGUAACUGAUGUCAAUGAUGUAGAACCACAUUUUACCAAAGAGACAUUCCAAUUCCUCACCUAUGAAAACCAGAAAGUUGACUUCCCUAUUGGCUUCAUCAAUGCUACAGACCCAGAUCUUGGAGAUGGAGGCCAACUUACAUAUUCUAUCAUCAAUGAUAACAACAAUGAUAACAUUCCUUUCCAACUGACAAAAUAUGGAUUUAUUUCUACAUCACAACCAAUAGAUCGAGAAAUGAAAGACAUCUAUAAGUUCAAGGUUUUAGUGAAAGAUAAUGGAACACCUUCUCUCAAUGACACUGCCAAUAUUGUUAUUGAGAUUCUAGAUAAAAAUGAUAAUGCUCCGUAUUUUACGUUUCCUAAUAAUGACCCUUACAAUCUCGAUGUCCACUACCAUCCACACAGUAAGAAGGACAUCACAAUUCUGAGAGCAUCUGACAAAGACACUGGAAACAAUGCUUUCCUCACAUAUGGAAUACUGAGAUCCAAUGAUAAAAACCUGUUUACAGUGAACUCACACACUGGUGUGUUAUCUUUCUCUCGCACAGUUUACCAAAAUGAUGCAGGAACAUAUGAGCUGCAGUUUAUAGUGAAAGACGGUGGUACUCCAGUUCAAUCAGCAACAACUGCUAUCAUACUAACACUGUUUGUUAGUAAUGAUACAUCUCCAAUGUUGACUGCUGUGCCAUUCCAGUCUGGUCACGACCUGAAUAUGACUUGGGUAAUUAUCAUUGUAGCAGCAGCUGUAAUACUAUCUGUGGCUAUUGUAGUGUCCAUAACACUGUGUGUUUUCAGAUGUAUUAAUCACACAAAUAACUCACCCACAACAGCAGAGAAUCCCAACUUUCUCUCUCAGACUGAGAUGAGACAAUUACUGUAUCAGACUAACAAUCCUGUUGCAAUAACGAGAAAUGCAGAAGAGAUAUUUAACCGAAAUCUUCAGACAAUAAAAUCUAAAAGUCAGUUUUUUCUGGAGAUGGAACAGACACCAGAUGAAUGGAAAUUCUCAACAACACAAAGGAGACUUCCACCUGUGCCUCAGAGAUGUGAUUCAAUCCAUAGUCAAGAACGUCGUACCAGUUCCAUCAUGUCUUACAACAGUGACACCUUAACAUCCCAAAAGGACAGAGAAGCUAGCAAGAGUAAUGGCAAGACUAAACCAUACGAUGAGAUACCUGCAGAACCAGAAUAUACCAAUGACAAUCCAGUGGCAGCCACAAUACUAAAGGGACAACAAAUACAAGAUACCUAUCUACAGCCAACAUAUACACAAUUAUAUUUCAAAAACACCGAAGUCUAUUUGUGUCUCUGGUGGUCUACUCAGCUUAUUGAAACAUUCAAAGCUUUCUUCCUUUCCAAAGAAUGUCAGGCUGUUAGAAACACUAAUUUGUCUGCAAAAAUUCCAGACAUGACAGCAUAUAUUGGUCUACUGUGUCUUCUACAUUUGCUGAUCACCCUUGUACUGUCCAUAGAUAUUACAUACCAUGUCAAGGAAGAAGGCAGACCUCACACCUAUAUAGGAGACAUUGCUGUUGACUCCAACUUAUCACACCCUCUCACACAUCAACAACACACUCUCAUUACAUUUACACAACUACAAAGGACAGUCGAGAGUGGUUCUCACUUAUUUAAUGUCACCAACUCAGGAAAACUAUACACUACUCAGACACUGGAUGCUGAGUCUCUGUGUACAUACAGCAAGGAAUGUUCCAGAAUAGUUAAAGUAGCAGUGAGGAAAGAAGAAGCAUUUAUGAAAAUAUUAAGAAUUAAAAUAUUAAUUGAUGACAUCAAUGAUCAUUCUCCAGAAUUUCCACAGAAUGAAGUUGAAAUUGAAUUUCUCGAAAGCCAAUUUAAAGGUACUAAAAUCUCACUUUUAAAUGCUAUUGAUCAAGAUAUUUCAAUACAGAAUUCUCAAAUUACAUAUAUGAUUGAGAAAAGAAAGAGAGAACCAUUUUCUCUCUCUGUCACAAAACAAGAUGGCAUUUUUAUACCUGAACUGACUUUAGAAGGAAAAUUAAACAGGGAACUCAAAGACUCAUAUAUCUUGACCCUGGAAGCUAAAGAUGGAGGGAAUCCUCCCAAAACAGCUACACUCAAGGUACACAUAUCUGUGACAGAUGUUAAUGAUAACACACCUGUAUUUUCACAGAAACUCUACAACAUCUCUAUAAGUAAUUCACAUCAAAGACAUUUACCAAUUCUUACUUUAAAAGCCACAGAUAAAGAUUCUGGAGACAAUGGAAAGAUUUCUUACCAUUUCAACCAUAAAACAUCUCGAAAUAUCCAGAAAUAUUUUGUAUUAGAUAAGAAAACUGGAGAUUUAUUUCUACAUGAUAAUUUUCAUUUUAGUAAAAAGGAGUCUUAUAAAAUAUUUAUUGAAGCAAGAGAUGGAGGCAAGCAACCCAAAAAAUCUGUUGCAGCAGUUCAGAUUCACGUAGUCAAUAAUCAGAAUAAUGUUCCAUUGAUAAAUAUAGAUUUUGUAUCUCCUUUAUCUGAGAGUUCCACAGCAGUUUCAGAAGCAAGUAAAAUUGGUAGUUUUAUAGCUUAUGUUAUGGUCACUGACAAUGAUAGUGGACCUAAUGGUGAGGUUAUCUGUGAUUUAAAACAUGAUAAGUUUAAACUUGCCAAAAUUGAUUCUAAAGAAUAUAAAAUGAUUGUUAAGGGCCAUCUUGACAGAGAAAUAAGGGACCACUAUAAAGUAUCUAUUGUGUGUCAUGACAUGGGGUCACCUCAACUAGAAAGUAAAAAAUAUUUCUCUGUCAAAGUAACUGAUGUCAAUGAUGUAGAACCACAUUUUACCAAAGAGACAUUCCAAUUCCUCACCUAUGAAAACCAGAAAGUUGACUUCCCUAUUGGCUUCAUCAAUGCUACAGACCCUGAUCUUGGAGAUGGAGGCCAACUUACAUAUUCUAUCAUCAAUGAUAACAACAAUGAUAACAUUCCUUUCCAACUGACAAAAUAUGGAUUUAUUUCUACAUCACAACCAAUAGAUCGAGAAAUGAAAGACAUCUAUAAGUUCAAGGUUUUAGUGAAAGAUAAUGGAACACCUUCUCUCAAUGACACUGCCAAUAUUGUUAUUGAGAUUCUAGAUAAAAAUGAUAAUGCUCCGUAUUUUACGUUUCCUAAUAAUGACCCUUACAAUCUCGAUGUCCACUACCAUCCACACAGUAAGAAGGACAUCACAAUUCUGAGAGCAUCUGACAAAGACACUGGAAACAAUGCUUUCCUCACAUAUGGAAUACUGAGAUCCAAUGAUAAAAACCUGUUUACAGUGAACUCACACACUGGUGUGUUAUCUUUCUCUCGCACAGUUUACCAAAAUGAUGCAGGAACAUAUGAGCUGCAGUUUAUAGUGAAAGACGGUGGUACUCCAGUUCAAUCAGCAACAACUGCUAUCAUACUAACACUGUUUGUUAGUAAUGAUACAUCUCCAAUGUUGACUGCUGUGCCAUUCCAGUCUGGUCACGACCUGAAUAUGACUUGGGUAAUUAUCAUUGUAGCAGCAGCUGUAAUACUAUCUGUGGCUAUUGUAGUGUCCAUAACACUGUGUGUUUUCAGAUGUAUUAAUCACACAAAUAACUCACCCACAACAGCAGAGAAUCCCAACUUUCUCUCUCAGACUGAGAUGAGACAAUUACUGUAUCAGACUAACAAUCCUGUUGCAAUAACGAGAAAUGCAGAAGAGAUAUUUAACCGAAAUCUUCAGACAAUAAAAUCUAAAAGUCAGUUUUAUCUGGAGAUGGAACAGACACCAGAUGAAUGGAAAUUCUCGACAACACAAAGGAGACUUCCACCUGUGCCUCAGAGAUGUGAUUCAAUCCAUAGUCAAGGACGUCGUACCAGUUCCAUCAUGUCUUACAACAGUGACACCUUAACAUCCCAAAAGGACAGAGAAGCUAGCAAGAGUAAUGGCAAGACUAAACCAUACGAUGAGAUACCUGCAGAACCAGAAUAUACCAAUGACAAUCCAGUGGCAGCCACAAUACUAAAGGGACAACAAAUACAAGAUACCUAUCUACAGCCAACAUAGUAGAUGUUCCAUGACUAUUGCUA